AUGACUGUAAGCAAUUUUUCCGCUUCUGAUGGAUUCAAAUCCACCGACAAAGCAUCACAAGCUGUAAUGAAUGAAGGAAGAUUUGAAGUAACUGAUCAAGAUAAUGGACACUGUUCCGAAGAAGCGGUAUCUGAAAUAAAUUCUAACCCUGGAUCUGUUAUAGGACAAGAUGAUGACCAGGCACAAUCGCAAAUAACACAACAACUGCACCGGUAUCGUACUUCCUACACAAACGAACAGAUAGAAAUUUUACAAAAUGAGUUUGAGAGGAAUCACUACCCGGACCUCCUCGCAAGAGAACGAUUGGCGGAUAAAAUUAUUUUACCGGAAGCGCGAAUUCAGGUAUGGUUUUCCAACCGUCGAGCGAAAUGGCGUCGCGAAGAGAAACGUCGCAACCAGCCUGGAGCUGGAACAGCGGGUAAGGCGAUUUAA